AUGCAAUCGAUCGAUUUCACUUUAGUCGUCGGUAAUGAAUGUGAGCAAACAUUAUCCAUUAUGCGUGUAAUAGACGAAUCCGAAGUUCAUCAUAUGACAUUAACAACUGUGUCUUGGAUACCCGACAAUACAUAUGUCUUCAUCAAUGAUGCAAUGCAACAACGACUUGCUCUAGGCUUGAGGAAAGCAUUACCAUUAGACAACUUUAGUCCUUCUAUGAGUGAUAUUGCUUUUCCUGAUCGUUCUUAUUCAACAUGUCAACCGAUUUUUUUUCUCCUGACGCUUUUAAUGAUGUUACUUUAUCGUUUGCCACUCCUAUUUUGA